AUGGUACAGACUCCAGAAGAGAAGCUUCAAGCCAGACUUGAUGGCUGUGCCAAGACUCGUAAUUUCACUUUUCGUGUGUUUCUUGUGUCAUUAUCAGUAACCAAAAGGAAAAUAAAUGUCUAUAGCCAUCUACAAAGUAACUUCUCCUAUAUGGUCACAGAUGAACGGAGGAUCGAGCCUCGACCAUCCCUUGCUCUGAAAUCAAUUUCUGGUGUUCUCGACAAGUUCACGUUAUCUCGGCUGUGUCAAGGGGCAUACAACCUCCUGCUAGGAGGACCAGUGAGAGGUCACCCAGCACGAGCUGGGGCAGCAAGUACCAGCCAUGACUACCAUGCUACUGACGGAGGAAGUACCCAGACAGUGGCUACCCAUCCCUCACUGCAAGUGCCCAGCACCACUGGCUCCCUACCCAGACGAGCGAGCAUCCGGGCGACACAAGGAAGUACAUCCCCCGGGAGCACUCUGAGUGUCGACACUCUGAGUGUUGGAGGAGCCUCCAAGACCAACUCCCUCCCAAGACCCACCUCUCCCUCUCCCUCUAUCAUGAGUGACAAGACACUCACUCAGGAGGACCCAUCGGAGAAGCAAGAGAGAGAGGAAGAGGAACGCAAAAAACGUCUACAACUUUACGUCUUCAUCCUUCGUUGUAUUUCCUACCCUUUCAACGCCAAACAGCCGACAGACAUGACCAAGAGGCAGAUCAAGGUCACUAAACACCAGUUGGACACCAUACAAGCUCGCUUCCAGAGCUUUCUGAAAGGGGAGUUGCAGAUCGCAGCAGAUGAGGCCUUCACCAAUGCUGUCCAGAGUUACUUCGAAGUGUUCCUCAAGAACGAACGACUGGCAUCUAUGGUGGUGUCCGGCGCUUGUUCCCAACACGACCUUAGAGAAGUUUUCAAGCACAAUGUUGAGAAGAGAGUCAGGUCACUGCCUGAGAUAGACGGACUGAGCAAGGAGACGGUCCUCACCUCCUGGAUGGCCAAGUUUGACAUGAUCAUUAAAGGUGAAGAAGACAGCAAACGGCCGGGUAGGAUGCAGCAGAGUCUCAACAGUGAACUUAUAAUGCCCAAAGAGCAACUCUUUGAUAUGUUCCAGCAGAUUCUUGGUAUCAAGAAAUUUGAACAUCAACUUCUGUUUAAUGCAUUACAGUUGGACAGCCAGGAUGAGCAAGCAGCCGCCAUCCGUAGAGAACUAGAUGGGCGUAUGCAGAAGGUUGCAGAAUUAGAACGGGAGUUAGAAGGUCUAAAGAGAGAUCCGGAAAAUCGCAAAUUGAUGCCCAAGUUUGUGGUAAAGGAAAUGGAAUCGCUCUACUUGGAAGAACUCAAGACAUCUAUAAACCUCUUGAUGGCCAACCUAGAGAGCCUUCCCGUGUCAAAAUGUUCGCAAGAGGGCAAAUACGGUUUACAAAAACUAAAAAAGUACAAUCAUAGGUCAGAUGGGAGCUUGGAAAAUCUAAGUCUUAAUAGACGUAAAAGAUACAAAGUUUUCGAGUACCUGUCCCCAAUGUUAAGCAGGUCUCAGAGCUCAUUAAGUGGCCGCGAUAGUGACAGUAUGGACAACGAGAUCACACUUUCCAAGAUGGAUGUUGUCCUGUCGUUUGUGCUCGAGGUACUGGUAAUGGAGGUUCGUGAGAUCAAGCACUUACCACCUAACAGAAUAGUAUAUUGUACCAUGGAGGUGGAGGGGGGUGAGAAGUUGCAGACGGACCAGGCAGAAGCAUCAAAACCCAUCAAGAGCUGCCGAGGCUUGCGAAACCAUCAUAAGCUCAUGAGUACAUAUAAAUUUUUUUUACUUCACGUGGUGAAGCACAAGAUACCUGAAUGGUACAAGAUGCAAGUACCGAAAAAUUCGCCUGAAAAUAACCUUAGAAUUAAGAUUGCCGUUAGAAUGGAUAAACCACAGAAUCUUAAACACUGUGGUUACCUGUACGCUCUAGGAAAAAGUUGUUGGAAGAAGUGGAAAAAGCGAUACUUUUGUCUAGUGCAAGUUUCCCAGUACACUUUUGCUAUGUGUAGCUACAGAGAGAAGAAGAGCGAACCCACGGAGAUGAUGCAGCUAGAUGGUUACACUGUUGACUAUAUUGAACCAGUGUCAGCUCAACUUAUGGUCGGAAUGGAUCUGGAAGGUGGUAGAUUCUUUUUUAAUGCUGUAAGAGAGGGUGAGUCUAUCUUAUGUGCCACUGAAGAUGAGAAUGAGUCUCAUCAGUGGGUAACCGCACUGUACCGAGCCACUGGCCAAGCUCACAAACCAACGCCACCAGUAAUGCCUCAAGGGAAAAAUUCCACGUUAUCUAAGAUACAGGGAGAUGCAGAUAAAGCGAAGAAACAUGGAAUGGAUGAAUAUAUAAGUGCCGAUCCUGUUAGAUUUGAUCACCACAACUUGUAUAGAGUUCUACAAGCUCAAACACUGGAAUACCGUCUGGUUGACCCCUACUGUUCACUGGGAUGGUUCAGUCCUGGCCAGAUUUUUUUAUUAGACGAGUACCAGGCUCGGUAUGGUGUCCGAGGCUGUUAUAGACAUCUGUGUUAUCUGGAGGAUCUUCUAGAUCGUGCAGAGAAGGGUCAGAUGAUUGACCCGACCCUCAUCCACUACUCAUUCGCCUUCUGUGCCUCCCACGUCCAUGGAAACAGGAAUCAACAGUUAACCACCAGUCUUCAAACUGUAAGCCCUGCUGAAGAUGGGACGGUGACAGUAGGCCAAGAACAGACUCAAGGCCAAAUAGCCCCUAACGUACCGUUUCCAACAAGACCUGACGGCGUGGGUACCGUCCUGGCAGAGGAGAAAGAGCGCUUCCAGGUUAUUAAGGAGAGAUUAAGAGUCUUGUUAGAGCAUCAGAUUACUAAUUUUAUGUAUUGCUUCCCAUUUGGUCGACCAGAAGGUGCCCUUAAAGCCACGUUAUCCUUACUAGAGCAAGUCCUGAUGAAGGAUAUAGUGACUCCCGUUCCUCCCGAGGAGGUGAGAGGCAUGAUCAAAAAGUGCCUCGAAAACGCUGCCCUCCUCAACUAUACCCGUCUUUCAUCCGAAACCAAAAUUGAGGGUGGAGACACAACCCUUCAAGAGGACCUUAGUGGUGAGAAUGCAGUGUCCGCUAGCAGGAAACUGGACGACCUAAUUCACCUGGCUGAGUUGUGCGUGGACCUCCUACAGCAAAACGAAGAACACCACGCUGAGGCAUUUGCAUGGUUCAGCGACCUUUUGGUGGAACAUGCUGAGAUCUUCUGGUCCCUCUUUGCCGUGGACAUGGACCAAGUUUUAGCGGAGCAACCUCCUGACACCUGGGACUCCUUCCCUCUCUUCCAGAUACUCAACGACUACCUGAGAACAGAUGACAACCUUAAAAAUGGACGAUUUCACCAACACCUGAGAGAGACGUUUGCACCGAUGGUGGUUCGAUAUGUGGACCUGAUGGAAUCCUCGAUAGCUCAGUCCAUUCAUAAAGGCUUCGAAAAGGAACGGUGGGAGAAUAAGGGAAAUGGAUGUGCAACAUCGGAGGACCUCUUCUGGAAGCUGGAUGCUUUGCAAUCAUUUAUCCGUGACCUUCACUGGCCUGACCAUGACUUUGCAAAACACCUGGAGCAGAGAUUAAAGUUGAUGGCGUGUGACAUGAUCGAGUCGUGCAUUACCCGGACGGACCAGGCAUUCCAGCAGUGGCUCAAGAAAGGCACUGGCUUCGUCUCCACUGACUAUGUUCUCCCUUCUGAGAUGUGUGCCAUGGUUAAUGUUAUUCUGGAUGCCAAGAACCAGUCUUUCAAACUCUGUGCCGUUGAUGGUGUUGAUGUGCAUCAAUACCAUACCAAGAUUGACGACCUCAUCGAGAGAACGAGCAGCUCCAUGACUCAAGGAAUGGUCGCUAAGCUUUUAUCAGUAUUAGAGUCGGUCAUCUCUAAACUAAGCAGAUACGAUGAAGGAAGCUUCAUUGGAUCAAUUUUAUCAUUUACGUACCAACAGAAUGUGAGUGGGUCUGGAAAGGAACUAGGCAAGGCCUAUAUUAAUUUUGCAAGAAAUUCCAUGGAUCAGAUCAGACAAAAAGUUAAUGACGAACUCUGGAUUCUUAAUUUAUUUGAGCAGUGGUACGCACCGGGUUUAAACAAUGCUGUUUUCCUGGCGGGAGCGGGACUAAUUUCAAAAUUAUCUACUUUCAAAUGCUAUAAAUGCAUAACAGAAAUGCCUGCAAUAAUAUCUGAUAUUUCCCUACAACAGAAAAUAUAUACCGACUUCGAGCUACAAGGAAUCAUGGAGGAGAAAUUGAACACCAAAACUUAUCAGACAAUAAGUCAGAGAAUGACGACUGAAGAGGCUGCUUGCGCACUCAUCGAGGGCAGCAGACGAGCCGAUGAAGACCUUCCUGAGGGGGCAGAAGGAGAGGAUUAUCCAGAGACAGGCAUCGAAGAUGAAAUGUCAGAGAAGAAGCCAAAGGUUACAGCUCAACUUAGCCAAACUCUGGGUGAUGAUCCUGCUAAUUAUGUCGCUAAGGUGUCAAAUGUUGCCGGCAAUGUUGCAGGGAAAGUAGGCAACGUUUUUGGAGGGCUGAGUAAAGGUAUUGGAGGGAUCACAGGUAAAUUCGGAGGUGGAGGCUUUUUUUAACUUCCAGGGACUUUUAAAAUCGAUUGUUUGAUCUCAGUAAACAAAUGUAUCUCACAGUGUUACAACGCAGACUAAGCUAAACUGAAAGUUUUCUUAACUGAGUCCUUCUUUCUUUAAAGGCUUUUUUUAGGCUAUUGUUUACUUAAAAGUAAUUGUUAGUAAGAAAGAUAAAUUAAAUAUAUAGCAAUGUGGCACUUUCAAUGCACAAAGAAAUAUUGUCUUGUCCAUGUUGUAUAGAAAAAUCUAUAGAAGAAAUUCUCUAAAUACCAUUUAUACAAAGUGGGGCGGGUGGAUAUAAAAAUAUAUACAAUAGCCAUGCAUAUUUCACACACAAAAACUACAGCCACAUAUUGUAUCAUAGGGAUGUAGUGUACUGUCUAACAUUAUGUACCAAUUGUAAUAAAAGUACAUGUUAGCUAAUUCUCUGUUAUCACAGCACAUAGACUGUGCUGACCCGGGUAGCUUUCAUAUUUUGAAUAAUAUUAUGCGUUUAAAAAUUUGGUAUCUCUCUCCAGACGAGCCACAAGAAUUUAUUGAUGAAAUACAGUAAUCAGCUCACUUUUUUGCUGUUAUUAUAAAACUUGUACACACACAAAAAAAAUAAAUAAAUAAAAAAUAUAUGCAGUAGCACACUAAAAAUAGACAAUAAAUUUAUCAUAAAAGGGAAUUUUUCCUUCAUUACAUUUAAUCGCAAAAAAAAAAAAACAUUCUCAUUCGCUUCACUUUAUUGAAGUGCAUUUCCCAGAACACAAGUUUUGACAUUUCUGUAAUAAAAUAUUGUCUUACUACCUUUAUUGACAAUAGCUACAUGUGCAUUUUAAAUGGUACAGACAGUAUUUGGUUUGUCAGCUACUGUGCGUAUUAAAAUAACCAUAUAUCUCUUAUCUUCUUUGAUAGGGCUUAUUAUCCGAAGUUAUAAGGUGUGAGCUCAUGCCGUGUAUUCACUGAAGCCUGCGCUGUCCACCCACCUACCAUUAAAAAUAUGCCUUAUUCAUUUUUGUAACACAUACAUGAUAUGAAAAUUGUCAUUCUAGCAAAAACCAGAGUAGUUUUCUUUUUUUAACAAUUUGUGUGUACAUAAAUCUUCACUUUAUAAUAGAUUAUGCUUAUAGAACAAAUUACAAACCAGAGUUUAUAUAAAAAAUAACUUUCAGUAUAAGCCUGCUGAAUAAAAUAAGUUAUGCAAAACAAGUACUUAAAUGAUAACAUAUAACAUUCUUCCAGCAACAGAGAUUAGUGUAGCCACUUGUGCACUCUCCUAGUGUCAAGUGCGGAGACUUUACAGAUACACACUAGGGGUAUGUGCAGAGUUUUGCUGUAGGUCAUUUUUACCUACAGUGUUUUGCAAAGUGACCAGUUUUAUUUGCUGCAUUUCCUAAAAAAAACAGCCCUUCAGAUGGUUUUAAAAAAAUAUGUACAAAAAAAAGAUAAAAUUUAAAUUCAAGGAGCCCACCUUAUUACUGAAAUGUCAGCUGGAAUUUCACACAAAUAGUGAUUGCCAUGAUUAUAUCAGUAAUACAUAUAUUUUUUUUCAACAAACCGGCCGUAUCCCACCAAGGCAGGGUGGCCCAAAAAGAAAAACGAAAGUUUCUCUUUUUAAAUUUAGUAAUAUCAGUAAUAUAUAUAUCCAGUAAAGUCAAUAUAGUUUCAGAGAAGCCUUGGUAAAGUGAAUCAUAGUUUCCUUAGUAUGUUAUUCCAGUAAGGUUUAAAAGCAGAGGUGCAGAAUUAUGAUAAUAAUCUUAACAUAUACUUUAAACUCAUUUUAAUAUUUACAAAAUCCAAUUAAACAUACACAUGUAUUCAUAGGAAAGUGCUAAAUGUGUAGGGGUCAUUUAGCAAUUGGGGAAAAGGGGGGAAAUAACACUUAAUCCAAGGAAGGAGUGAGUUUGUUCAAAUCAUUGAAUUACGAACUUUCACUGGCAGGGCAGGAUUAAAGCAUGGGAUUUAGGUCCUGCAGCCCAGGGGCCUCUGCCAACUGGAGGACCUCCAGGGCUAUAGCCCAGGGGCCUCUGCCAGUUGGAGGGCCUCCAGGACUGCAGCCCAGAGGCCUCUGCCAGUUGGAGGGCCUCCAGGACUGUAGCCCAGAGGCCUCUGCCAGUUGGAGGGCCUCCAGGACUGCAGCCCAGAGGCCUCUGCCAGUUGGAGGGCCUCCAGGACUGCAGCCCAGAGGCCUCUGCCAGUUGGAGGGCCUCCAGGACUGCAGCCCAGAGGCCUCUGCCAGUUGGAGGGCCUCCAGGACUGCAGCCCAGAGGCCUCUGCCAGUUGGAGGGCCUUCAGGACUGCAGCCCAGAGGCCUCUGCCAGUUGGAGGGCCUCCAGGACUGGAGCCCAGAGGCCUCUGCUAGCUGGAGGGCCUCCAGGACUGGAGCCCAGAGGCCUCUGCUAGCUGGAGGGCCUCCAGAGAUUAAGAAAGAAGUUUUCACAGUUACUUCUGUAAGUUUAUAAUUAUAGUUUGUUAUUACAUCACGUAUAUGAUGGACUGUUGACUAUUGUGAUUAAUUUUUUCCUUUGGAAAAUAUCACUGGGGACCUCACAGUACCUGUAGCCCAGGGGCCUCACAGUACCUGUAGCCCAGGGACCUCACAGUACCUGUAGCCCAGGAGCCUACAAAAUCUUAAUAUGCCUCUGUGAACCACUGGCAUUAAGACAGCUUAUAUGGGUUAAUAAUUCUGAUAUUACUGCUGGUAAAAUAAACCAGUGCGGUGGUGUUGUGUUCACCUCAACUUUUGUCUCUGAGGUGUCAUCCAGUUUAAGUUAUGCAUAUGCUUUUUUACACCAUUUUUGGGUUACCAUGUAUCUAUAGAAAAUGUAGAAAACCUUAAUUAAAUAUUAUUUAAGUCAAAGCUAAACUCAUAAAGGUCAUGCAUCACUAAGCUCACUAAUGGUUACAUUACUUUUAUUUGUUUUUUUUUUCACAUACGUGAAGUUAACAUUUCCAUUGCUCAAUCUGCCUAUGUUCGGCAGGAAAUGUAUGUAGUCGAAAUCGAACAAAAUAGAAUCCAUAUUUACGGCUAAAAAUAGAAUCCAUAUUUACAGCUUUAAACUGCUAGUAAUGAUGUAGUACUUCUACAUUUUAAUAUGUUUUUUUAUAUAUAUAUAAAAACUGAGGUUUAAGAUCAUCACUUUAUUGUUGGUAUUUUUAAGCUGAAAAUUUCCUGUCAGAUUCCUUUUCAUUUUUAAAUUUAAUUUCUAAAGGAAAUUACCUCUUACUUUUUUUAUGUUUUCAUUAUACAGUGGACCCCCGGUUAACGAUAUUUUUUCACUCCAGAAGUAUGUUCAGGUGCCAGUACUGACCGAAUUUGUUCCCAUAAGGAAUAUUGUGAAGUAGAUUAGUCCAUUUCAGACCCCCAAACAUACACGUACAAACGCACUUACAUAAAUACACUUACAU